UAAUAGUUUAGUAGACUAACAUAUUAUUAGCAUAUUAGUGGCAUAUUAAUAUUAAUGGGUAUGUUCGCCAGCCGCCUAAAAUAUUACUUAAUGCUUAUUACUUUGUAAAAAACGGCAGAUUGUAAUAAAUUGGGAUAUCAUUAAAAAAAAAUACUAACAAAAAUCAGGUUACUCAGAAACUGUAGGUGAUACGAAAAAACUAAGAUCAGAUUUGGUUUCAGCACAUAAAAAUCGAUACAAAUCAGCUAUAAAGUCAAAAAAGUUUUCAACCAAAAUUUUUUGUUGGACUGUGUUAUCAUUAAACUUCACAUGAUAAAGGUUAAUCAAAUCUUUGGAUUGUUUAUCUCAAAGAGAGAUAAAUGUUAAUAAGCAUAUAAAAAGAAUAUAAAAAUUAUACAUCUUGCGAAUGAUAUUCAAUGACUCCAAAAAUGUUAAAAAUCUUAGGUAUUGUACUGCUAUUGCUGGCAGGCGCGUACUGUGUAGAAUCAUCUGUUAUUUCAGAAGAUGAUAAUACCGUAAUAGUGAACACCACUAAUGGACCAGUAAUGGGUGGUUUUGGAGCUAGAUCACAUGCAAAUAGAUCCCAAAUUCUAUACUGGUUUAGAAGUAUUCCAUAUGCCGUACCUCCAGUUGGAGAUUUAAGAUUUGCUGCACCUGUACCUAUAACCAAUUGGUCAGGAGUUUUAGAUGUACGAUAUAGUCCUUCGGAAUGUAUUCAAGGUUCUUCACCUGUAGCCGGUAGUGAAGAUUGCUUGUAUGUAAAAAUAUACAGCCCUCACGAACCAAACAAAGACCUCAAUCUUCCAGUAGUUGUAUGGAUUUACGGAGGAGCCUUCUUCGAAGGCUCUGCAGAUUUUGACGAUCACCGACCUGAUUUCAUUCUUUAUGAAAAUGUAAUCGUGGCAGCUAUUCAGUAUAGACUUGGAUAUUUGGGUUUCAUGUCGCUUGGAGAUACUGUAGCUCCAGGAAAUAAUGGAAUUAAGGACCAGAUACUAGGGCUUAAAUGGAUUAAGGAAAACAUUAGGAACUUUGGAGGAGAUCCCGACCAAAUAACCGUUUGGGGCCAAAGCGCCGGAGCCGCUUCUGUGGCUUAUUUACUGCAGACUAACCAAACAAAAGGCCUGUUUAGUAAAGCAAUUCUUAACUCUGGAUCUAGUUUAAGCCCUUGGUCGUUGGCAAAAGGUCUUCCAGAGGCCACUAGGCAAGUGGCGAUACAGUUAAACAUAUUUGCUUUAACAUCUUCAGCUAUUCUAAGAGAAUUAAGAAAAGUCGAUGUCACAAAAUUGCAAGAUGCAGUGAAUUCUGUAAAUCAGCAGCUGACGAUCUUACGUAAUCCAUUGGAAGGUUUGGUUUUUGCCCCGGUAAUGGAACCAGAUCACGACGGUGCUGUAAUAACUGAAUAUUCUUACGGACUACUAACAGAAGGGAAAUUUCACCAUGUGCCCAUUUUAGCAGGAUAUAAUUCAUUGGAAGGAUAUUUCGAUGAAUUAGAAGCACUCUUUAGACUAUGGAUAGCGAAAUAUGAUUUAUAUCAUGCACAACUUGUUCCUAAUGAUAUGAACCUGCUUCCAAUUACAGAAACUAUUAUAGCAGAAAGUAUUAAGUAUACAUAUUUUGAUAUAUAUCCAGUUUCUUUAAGUACAGAAAAACUCAUGAGGUAUAUCGCAGACACCCAAUUUGAAAAACCAAUUCAUGAAGCUAUUAGACUUUAUUCCGCUUACACAAAAGUGUAUGCUUAUCAUUUUUCCUAUGAAGGACCACUAUGGGGUCGCAUAGAUCGCGAAUUUCACGGUGUUGGUCAUAGUGAAGAUUUGGGCUACUUAUUUGACUAUAAUAUAACAGGAAGUAACGAAGAUUACUUGACAAGAGAACGAAUGGUGAGGCUAUGGACGAACUUUAUUAAAAAUGGCGACCCAACCCCAAAGCCUGAAUUAUUAUUACAGAACGUCACCUGGCCAGCAAAUUCUGUUGUCAUAAAGCCUGAAAACUUGAAAUUUUUUGAAAUUAACAAAGAUCUAAAAGUGGUAGGUCUUCCAAAUGCUGACAAGAUUUUACUUUGGGACAGUUUGUAUAUGGAAUAUGGAAGACCUCCAUUUACUACUUAUUGAUAUAUAUUGGCACUUACUGCUGUUGAUUUUAUGUUAUUUAAGUUAAAAUAAAGUUACUACACAAAACA